AUGCCCAACGAAGACAUCGAAAUCAACACAAUUUGUUCAGAUUUGGAAUCUUCUCAAUUCACCCUCCAUGCAUGCUGCAAUGAUGACCACAAAAUCGAUGAAAAGUCUGCUCCUAGAAGACUUCCCAAAAUAAAAAUUUUUGGCACUGGAGGAACAAUUGCUUCCAAAGGCGCUUCCUCGUCGGACACGGCUGACUACCACGUUGACUUAACGAUUCAGCAGUUGUUACAAGCGGUCCCAGAUAUUUCGGGUAUUUGCGAGAUUGACUACGAGCAGCUAUGCAAUGUGGACUCGAAAGAAAUCAACGAGAGCGUCCUUCUCAAAAUUUACGCUGGUGUCUCCUCUGCUCUACAGACAUUUGACGGCAUUGUCAUCACGCAUGGUACUGACACUUUGGCCGAGACCACUUUCUUCAUCGAAAGCACAAUCGACUCCGGGGAUGUUCCAAUCGUGUUCGUGGGCUCCAUGAGACCAUCCACGAGUAUUUCAGCGGACGGUCCCAUGAACCUCUACCAGGCCAUUUGCAUUGCGGCAGACAAACAGUCUCGUGGUCGUGGUGUAUUGGUGUCUCUCAACGACCAGAUCUCUGCAGGUUAUUAUAUAACCAAGACUAAUGCCAACACGUUGGACUCCUUCAAUGUCAGACAAGGCUACCUGGGCAACUUCGUCAACAACGAAAUCCACUACUACUACCCCCCUGUUAAGCCAAUGGUAUGCCACAAAUUCAAGCUGCAAUUGAGCCUUGACAAAACCCUAAUUUCAAGAACGACCUUCCCAACGGUGCACAUUGUGUACGCGCAUCAGUCCAUAAGCCCCGCUCUCAUUGAGCUCGUUUCGCAGCACUGUGAGGGUAUGGUUAUCGCUACUUUGGGUGCUGGUUCCUUGCCAGCGAUCGUAAAUGACAAAGUGCUGGACCUGCGAAUUCCUGUCGUAUACUCAAAAAGAUCGAUGGAUGGCAUGAUCCCCAAAGCCAAUCUUCCAAAGCCCAAGGGCAAGGACUUUUUCAAUAUUGUUGCUUCCGGUUACCUAAACCCCGAGAAGAGUAGAAUUCUACUACAGCUUUGCUUGUUUGAGAAAUUCACGGUUGAAGAGAUCAGGGAAGUGUUUAGCGGUGUGUACGGAGGAUGA